AUGAGCUAUGAGAAUGGAAAUGCGAAUACAGCUGCUGGUGAUCAUGAGAAUGAUUAUAGAGUUGAUGUAGAUGAAAAUGCCAACGAAACUGGUGGUGAUGGAAUUGAUAACAGAGCUGAAGGUGAGCGGCUUGAUGAAGAAGCUCAAGUGGAGGAAAAUGUUGCAGGCUUUGUUGAUGAAGAAGAGGAGGACAAUGAUGAAUAUACUCCUCAUAAUUCAGAUUGUGAAGAAGAGGGAAGACAGUAUUUAAGAUGCCAAAAAGGUAGUGGAAAUAUUAGAUUGGGGCAGGUAUUUGACAACAUAUCUCAAUUUAAAGAAGCUGUAGUUGAUUAUGCUCUUAAGGAAGGGUGUAAUGUGAAGUUCACAAGAUGGGGACCUGAUAAAUCAGAAGUAAAGUGUUCACUUGGUGGUGAUUGCAAGUUCAGAAUUUAUUGUUCAUAUGAAGCACCAAUAGGAGCAUACAUGGUUAAGAGAUGUGAAGAUGAGCAUUCAUGUAUUAAGGAUGGGUUUAGCAAGGUAGUGAAGGAUGGGAUUAUUGCUAAAUUAUUGUUGAAUGACAUUAGAAAAGAUCCUACCUACAAGCCAAAGACAAUGCAAGACACACUUGAGGAGCGUUACAACUUGAUUGUGACACCUGAUCAGUGUAGAAAAGCCAAGAGAAAAGCCUUAUCGAUGAUUCAGGAUGAACAUGAUGAGCAAUUUUCAAGGAUAAAAGACUACCGACUAGAGUUGCUAAGGUCUAAUCCAGAAUCUACAGUUGAGUUGGGGAUAAUAACUGGUGAUGGUGGUAUAGAGUCUUUUGAUAGGUUCUAUGUGUGCUUUUCAGCCCUCAAGGAGACAUGGCUUGCUCAUUGUCGCCCUAUUAUUGGAAUAGAUGGCUGUUUUUUAAAGAACGAUGUUAAGGGUCAACUCUUGGCAGCCGUAGGAAGGGAUGCAAAUAAUCAAUUCUUUCCUGUUGCUUGGGCUGUGGUGCAAAAGGAAAAUAUAGACAGUUGGUUAUGGUUUAUCCAGAAGCUUAAGACUGAUUUGAAACUUCAAGAUGGAACUGGAUUCACACUUAUCUCUGAUAGACAAAAAGGCUUACUCAAUGCUGUUGACCAAGAAUUGCCUAAGGUGGAACAUCGUAUGUGUGCGCGCCACAUCUAUGGAAACCUAAUGAGAGUUUAUCCAGGUAAAGAAUUGCCUAAGGACUUAUUUUGGGCAGUUGCAAAGAGUUUCAACAUUGGUGAAUAUGAGAGAGCCAUUGCCGCAUUGAAGAACUUUGAUGUUGGUGUGUAUGAGGCAUUGAUGAUGAGGAAUCCACAUAAUUGUAGCCGCGCUUUUUUCACUUCCACAUCAGUGUGUGAAGAUGUUUCGAAUAAUUUCUCUGAGUCCUACAACAAUACUAUCAACAAAGCCCGAGAGAUGCCCCUUGUUGAGAUGUUGGAGACAAUAAGAAGACAAGCCAUGAUUCGUAUGGAUAUAAGAAAAAAGAAGGCCAUGAAGCAUCAAGGAAAAUUUAGUCUAAAAGUUGCGAAGACCAUCAAGGAAGAGGAGAAACACCGAAAGUUUUGUCAAGAGGUGGAGUAUGACAGGGAUUCCUUGUCGUCAUGUCUUACGUGUAAUAUCAUAUAA